GUUUCCCUGACUUUUAUUUUGAAGUUCACGACUGGAACCCUGCCGGAAGUGAGUUUGGCUGUUGUAGCUCGCCCCAGGCUGCUGGAAGGAGGAAAGCCUUAGCUGUGAUGCCGCUGGAUGAUGGCUGCUUUCGGGAUCUUAAGUUACGAACACCGUCCAUUAAAGCGGCCCCGACUCGGCCCUCCGGACGUUUAUCCGCAAGAUCCAAAGCAAAAAGAGGAUGAGUUGACUGCAUUGAAUGUGAAGCAAGGAUUCAAUAACCAACCAGCUGUAUCCGGCGAUGAACAUGGCAGUGCCAAAAAUGUCAACUUCAACCCUUCCAAGAUCAGCUCAAACUUCAGCAGCAUUAUUGCAGAGAAGCUGCGCUACAGCACGUUUCCAGACACAGGGAAGCGUAAACCACAGGUCAACCAGAAGGAUAAUUUCUGGCUUGUCACAGCGAGGUCACAGAGCUCCAUCAAUAACUGGUUCACGGAUUUAGCUGGGACUAAACCUCUGACACAGCUGGCUAAAAAGGUACCGAUCUUUAGCAAGAAGGAAGAGGUUUUUGGAUACUUGGCCAAGUACUCAGUCCCUGUAAUGCGUUCAGCAUGGAUGAUUAAGAUGACCUGCGCAUAUCAUGCAGCUAUCACAGAAACUAAAGUCAAGAAGAGGCAUGUGAUUGACCCGUGCAUAGAAUGGACCCAAAUCAUUACCAAGUAUCUCUGGGAGCAGCUUCAGAAGGUGGCUGAGUUUUACAGACAGUUUCCCAGCCAAGGCUGCAGCUCACCCCUGCCAGCUAAUCCCCCUGAUGUGGAGACGGCCAUGAAGCAGUGGGAAUACAACGAGAAGCUGGCCAUGUUCAUGUUUCAGGAUGGUAUGUUAGACAGACACGAGUUCCUGACGUGGGUGCUGGAGUGUUUUGAGAAAGUCCGGCCUGGUGAAGAUGAGCUUCUCAGACUACUUUUGCCCCUUUUACUACAGUACUCGGGGGAAUUCGUGCAGUCUGCUUACUUGUCACGAAGACUGGCUUACUUCUGCACGCGCCGCCUCAACUUGUUGCUAAGUGACGGGAGCCUGGGCCCUGGCACAGGAGGGCAUCCAGCUCACGGCAUCUUGACACAGCAAAGCAACGCUCUGCCCUCCACACCAACCUCCCAGCCAGCGGGAGGGAACCAGCCCCAGACACCUUUUACAGACUUCUAUAUCUGUCCACAGCACAGGCCUCUGGUGUUUGGUCUCAGCUGCAUGUUACAGAGCAUUGUGUUGUGCUGUCCCAGUGCUCUUGUGUGGCAUUACUCUUUAACAGACAGCAGAAACAAGACUGGUUCCCCUCUCGACCUCCUGCCCAUCGCUCCUUCCAGCUUGCCAAUGCCAGGAGGCAACACUGCCUUUACACAGCAGGUUCGUGCAAAGUUGCGGGAGAUUGAGGAACAAAUUAAGGAGCGAGGUCAGGCAGUGGAGUUCAGGUGGUCGUUUGAUAAGUGCCAGGAGACGACAGCGGGAUUCACCAUCGGAAGGGUUCUCCACACUCUGGAGGUUUUAGACAACCACAGCUUUGAGAAGUCUGACUUCAACAACUCCCUGGAUUCACUGUACAACAGGAUAUUUGGUUCAGGCCAGAGCAAAGAUGGCCACGAGAUGUCACCUGAUGAUGAUGCGGUGGUGACCUUGCUUUGUGAAUGGGCUGUGUGCUGUAAGCGUUCAGGCAGACACAGGGCCAUGGUUGUGGCCAAGCUGCUGGAAAAGAGGCAGGCUGAAAUAGAAGCAGAGAGGUGCGGCGAGUCGGAGGUGGUGGAUGAGAAGGGCUCUGUGUCAUCCGGUUCCCUGUCAGCUGCCACACUGCCAGUCUUUCAGGAUGUGCUGCUGCAGUUCCUUGAUACUCAGGCUCCCACCCUGACGGAGCCUGGGAAUGAAAGCGAACGCGUGGAGUUCUCCAACCUAGUCCUUCUCUUCUGCGAGCUCAUCCGUCACGACGUCUUUUCCCACAAUAUCUACAUGUGCACGCUCAUUUCCCGUGGCGACUUGGCUUCUGACUCCCACCUGCCCCGCCCACGUUCACCCAGCGAUGAGCCCUCUGAUGAAUCGGAGCGCAAAGAGCAGGAUGCAGGCAGCAGUGUCAAGAUGGAGGAUACUGGCCUGUCGGAGUCCAUGGAAAUCGAUCAUAACUCCAGUGCUAAUUUUGAUGAGAUGUUCUCACCUCCAAUGCACUGUGAAACCAAGGGAAGCCCCUCUCCAGAGAAGCCGGUUACAGAUCAGGACAGUAAGCCCAACUGUAAGGACAAGGGCAUGGACCCCGCCUUUCCUCAACUGUAUGAGCAACCCCGUCACAUCCAGUAUGCCACUCACUUCCCUAUUCCUCAGGAGGAAAGUGCCAGUCAUGAAUGCAACCAGCGUUUAGUGGUCCUCUACGGUGUGGGCAAACUGAGAGAUGAGGCGAGACACACCAUUAAGAAAAUUACCAAAGACAUCCUGAAGGUGCUAAACCGCAAAAGCACAGCAGAAACAGGAGGAGAGGAAGGACAAAAAAGGAAGAGGAGUAAGCCAGAGGCCUUUCCCACUGCAGAGGAUAUCUUCUCCAAAUUCCAGCACCUCUCCCACUUUGACCAGCACCAGGUCACCUCCCAGGUGUCCAGAAAUGUGCUGGAACAGAUCACCAGCUUUGCCUUAGGGAUGUCCUACCACCUGCCUCUCGUCCAGCACAUUCAGUUCAUCUUUGACCUCAUGGAGUACUCCCUUAACAUUAGUGGCCUCAUAGACUUCGCUAUUCAGCUUCUGAAUGAGUUAAGUCUGGUGGAAGCCGAGCUGCUGCUGAAGUCAUCCAGCCUGGUGGGCAGCUACACCACAAGCCUGUGUCUGUGUAUUGUAGCAGUGCUGAGGAGGUACCACUCCUGCCUCAUCCUCAAUCCUGAGCAGACAGCCCAAGUUUUUGAUGGGUUACGCAUUGUGGUGAAGUCAGGUGUGAACCCAGCAGACUGUUCCUCUGCUGAGCGUUGCAUUCUGGCCUAUCUGUAUGAUCUCUACACCUCCUGUAGUCACCUCAAGAACAAGUUUGGUGAGAUAUUUAGUGAGUUUUGCUCUAAAGUGAAGAACUCCAUCUACUGCAAUAUUGACCCAUCAGACUCCAACAUGCUUUGGGAUCCUAUGUUCAUGAUGGAGGCCAUCGCCAACCCCUCAGCCAACAACUUCAACCACUCCAUGGUGGGCAAACUCUUGAAUGACAGCCCACCCAACCGCUACAGCUUUGUCUGUAAUGUGCUAAUGGAUGUGUGUGUGGAUCACCGAGACCCAGAAAGGGUGAACGAUAUUGGGAUCUUGUGUGCGGAGCUGACGGCAUAUUGCCGCUCCCUGAGCGCCGAAUGGCUCGGCAUUCUCAAGGCUCUUUGCUGCUCCUCUAACAACGGCAACUGUGGCUUCAAUGACUUGCUGUGUAACGUAGAUGUUAGCGAUUUGUCCUUCCACGAUUCUCUGGCAACCUUCGUAGCCAUUCUCAUUGCCAGACAGUGCUUGCUCCUUGAAGACCUGGUUCGUUGUGUUGCCAUUCCUUCCCUUCUCAAUGCAGCCUGCAGUGAGCAAGACUCUGAACCAGGAGCCAGACUGACCUGCAGAAUUCUGCUGCAUCUUUUCAAGACACCACAACGCAACCCUGUCCCCCAAGAUGGCGUGAAGUCAGACAAGGCUUCAGUUGGUAUCCGGUCGUCUUGCGAUCGCCACCUUCUUGCUGCCUCCCAGAACAGCAUCGUGGUUGGAGCUGUAUUUGCUGUUCUCAAAGCUGUGUUUAUGUUGGGUGAUGCUGAGUUGAGAGGCUCAGGGUUGUCUCACACCGCCGGCCUCGACGACAUAUCCGAAGGACGCAAUGUCUCGAUCGAGACGGCCAGCUUGGAUGUAUAUGCGAAGUAUGUUUUGAAGACCAUCUGCCAGCAGGAAUGGGUUGGAGAACGCUGCCUGAAGUCUCUGUCUGAGGACAGCAGUGCCCUCCAAGACCCGGUGCUGGUGAACAUUCAAGCCCAGCGACUGCUGCAGCUUAUUUGCUAUCCUCACCGCCAGCUGGACAGUGAUGACGGUGACAACCCACAGAGGCAGCGUAUCAAACGCAUCCUCCAGAAUAUGGACCAGUGGACGAUGAGACAGUCAUCUCUGGAGCUGCAGCUGAUGAUCAAACAGAGCACCAACAAUGAGCUCUACUCUCUCUUGGAGAACAUAGCCAAGGCCACUAUAGAGGUGUUCCAGAAAUCAGCUGAGAUGAACUCCAGUAACCCCUCAGGGAACGGGGCAGCAGCCCAAGGAGGCUCUGCAUCUAAUAACAACAGUACCACAAGCAAAAUGAAGCCUAUUUUAAGCUCAUCAGAGCGAUCGGGUGUUUGGCUGGUGGCUCCGUUGAUAGCCAAGCUGCCCACGUCAGUCCAGGGCCAUGUGCUAAAGGCGGCAGGAGAGGAGCUGGAGAAAGGGCAGCACCUUGGCUCUUCUUCACGUAAGGAGAGGGACAGGCAGAAACAGAAAAGUAUGUCUCUGCUGAGCCAGCAGCCGUUCCUGUCUUUGGUCUUGACCUGCUUAAAAGGGCAGGAUGAACAGAGGGAGGGUCUCCUCACCUCCCUUUACAGCCAAGUGCAGCAGAUUGUCACCAACUGGAGAGAAGACCAGUACCAAGAUGACUGCAAGGCAAAGCAAAUGAUGCAUGAGGCACUGAAGCUACGACUGAAUCUUGUCGGUGGCAUGUUUGAUACAGUGCAGCGCAGCACGCAACAGACCACGGAGUGGGCGGUGCUACUCCUUGACAUCAUCAGCAGUGGCACAGUGGACAUGCAGUCCAAUAACGAGCUCUUCACAACAGUGCUGGACAUGUUGAGUGUGCUGAUUAACGGCACACUGGCUGCUGACAUGUCCAGCAUCUCUCAGGGCAGCAUGGAGGAAAACAAGAGAGCCUACAUGAACCUGGUUAAGAAGCUCAGGAAAGAACUUGGAGAUCGGCAGUCAGAAAGUUUGGAAAAGGUUCGCCAGCUUCUGCCGCUGCCCAAGCAAACCCGCGAUGUCAUAACCUGUGAACCUCAGGGUUCGCUGAUAGACACUAAGGGCAACAAGAUAGCUGGCUUUGAGAAGGAGGGUCUUCAAGUAUCUACUAAACAAAAGAUUUCUCCGUGGGAUGUUUUUGAGGGUCUGAAACACUCCGCCCCUCUCUCCUGGGGCUGGUUUGGUACGGUACGUGUGGACCGUAAGGUGACUAAAUUUGAGGAGCAGCAGCGAUUCCUCCUUUAUCACACCCACCUGAAGCCCAAACCACGUAGCUAUUACCUGGAGCCUCUUCCCCUACCCCCUGAAGAGGAGGAACCCCUGACACCUGUCUCACAGGAACCAGAGAAGAUGAUAGAGGUGGUGAAGACGGAGAAGAAUGUAGCCACUGUGCCACCAGAGUCCAACAAAAAGUCCAAAUCCAAGAAAAAGAAAGCUCCUUCUAACAAAACAGAGGACUAUAACCGAACACCAGGUCCUGCAUAUACAAGUAUGGCACCAGAGUUGAUGCAGAACCCCACAUAUCCCAGGACCAUGCCCUAUAAUCCACAGAACGUGUACACACAGAGCCAGCCUCUACCUCCAGGUCAGAUUGCAGGAGGUCCAGGUUUAGAUGCUCCAUACAGACAACCAAACCGCAGCCAAAUUAGCAAAAUGAUGCCCGCUCGGCCUAGUUAUCCAGGCAUGAUGCCAGGCAUGCCGGGAAGCAUGCCUGGCAUCAUGGGACCAGACAAACAGUACCAAAUGACCUUUAAGCCCCAUGCUACCAUGUCACAAGGCCCGAAUCUGCGACACCAACUACAGGUCAGACUGCAUCAAAAUCCAAAUGCAUUAGGGCAGAUUAGACAAAUGCCACCAAACCAACAAUAUACUUCAAUGCAAUCCCAGGGCUAUACCACAUACGGGUCACACAUGGGAAUGCAGCAGCAUCCAUCUCAAAGUGGUAGUAUAGUACCUCAUUCCUAUGGCAACCAAAAUUUCCCAGGCGCACAUCCUGGAGCCAACCCUGCUGUAGUGGAACCUCUAAGGCAUCAGAGGCCAAGUGGGUAUCUUCUCCAGCAGGCCCCACAGCCCACAGGCUACCCACAGAGUAUGCAGAACACACAGAGGUUUCCCCACCAGCAACUCCAGCAGAAUCCUAUCAUGCCAUCCCAUCUCGGGCAAAUGGGACAAGGUGUCCAUCCAGGCUUGUCCAGGCCCAAUCAGAUAUUAACAGAACAGCAGCAACAAUUAGUGCAGCAGCAGCAGUACCUCAGACAACAUGCAGCGAUCAGGGCACAACAACAUCAACAGCAGCAGCAGCAGCAGCAGCAACAGCAACAGCAGCAGCAGCAGGUCCAACCACAGCAGGUUCCUCCUCAACAGCAGGUUCCACAGCAGCAACAGCCACAGGUGACGGCUGUGCCUCCACCAGGCCAGGCACAGAACCAGGGCCUGAGCAUGCAGCCGCUGCCACCGCAGCAACCCAUGGUAGGAGUCCAGUUCCCACGACAGGGAAUGCAGCAGACUCAGCAGCAACAGCAGACCGCAGCGCUGGUCAGACAGCUGCAACAGCAACUAUCAAGUACACAACCAUCACAGGGCACCAACUCUUAUUACUGAUAAUGUUUGUUCAUAGUGGUGGGCAGAGUGGAGGCCCUGCUCUGUGGAUUGGGGGAAUACAUGUGUCCUGUGCCAUGAAGGUAGU